AUGAAAAUCGUGGUCUCAUAUGCCCAGGAUGAGGACAAUGAUGGGAGCUACCAGGAGAUAGAAGAAGCGGUGAACGUAGACGACAUCGCCCCUCUUGUAGCUGUCUACUCUGUUAUGCUCACAGCUGUGGCGGUUGUGGUGGCAGCAGUUGCUAUUCUUGUCUGCAAGGACGUAAAAGAUGGUCACAGCAGAAGAUUUGGUGAAUAUCUCACUGUGGUGGGCGAGAGACUAUCCUGUGACAUCAGUGAUGCACCUUGUGCUGCCAUCAAUGACGAGGAUGCCUUAUCCUUGCAUGAUUAUGAGCGACUACUGAGGGAACAGUUCCACAUCUACACGCGCCUCCACCCUUCAGCUUCCUCCACAGAGGACCAACGUACCAGGUGCAGCCUAAUGUGA